AUGGAUUACGAGAUGGAUCUUGAGCCCACAGGCCCGCAAGUGACGGUCCGCGAGGUAGAGCCCUACCGUGUUGAUUUCCGCCUGAGCUCCGUCGACACGGCCUUCGCCAACUCGCUCCGCCGCGCGAUGCUCGCCGAAGUUCCCACCCUCGCCCUCGACCUGAUUGAGAUCGAAGCCAACACUUCCAUCCUCCCAGACGAGAUGCUCGCGCACCGUCUCGGCAUGAUUCCUCUCAAUGCGAAGAACUGCGACCAGGACCUGGACUACACCCGUGACUGCGACUGCGAUGAUCACUGCGUGCGCUGCAGUGUCACGCUUCAGCUGCACGCUCGCUGUAGCUCCGGUAUCAUGUCUGUCUACGCGCGUGACCUGAUUAUUGUGGGCGAGCGUAUGAACGACGUCAUUGGUGACCCUGUCAUCAAGGAUCCAGAGGGGAAGGGACCUCUGAUCUGUAAAUUGCGCAAGGGCCAGGAGAUCAAGUUGACGUGUCUCGCGAAGAAGGGGACUGCGAAGGAACACGCGAAGUGGGCGCCAACUGCUGCUGUGGGCUUCGAGUACGACCCGCACAAUAACCUGCGCCACGUGGAUUAUUGGUUCGAGAAGGAUGCUGCAAAGGAAUGGCCGAUCUCAGAAAACGCUUCCUGGGAGCCCGCUGCAAAUCCUGACCAACCCUUCGACUACGAUGCCGAGCCCGACAACUUCUACCUGGAUGUCGAGAGCAUCGGUAACCUCGAUCCAGACACGAUCAUCCAGCAAGGUAUCAUCGUCCUGCAGCGUAAACUAGCUACGACCAUUACCGCUCUUUCUGGCGACGAAAAUGGACAAGGCGUCGACGAUGCCGGGAUGCUGGAUGCCGGGGAAGACAACUAUGAGCCACCAGAGGGCAUUGAUGGCAAUUUGACCUCGUACGGGAAUGGGGCAGGCGCAUGGGGAGCCAGUGCCCAGACUCCUUACGGAGCCACACCGUACGGACAAAGUGGCUACGGAUUCUAA